GAGGGAGGGGGGACAAUGGCUCAUGAGGGAAAGGUAAGUCAAUAUUACGUUUUCUCGCUGACAAAGGCAAAUGAAGCCAUGUUUUUUUGCUUACAAAUAAGUAACAUUUAACGCCCCGAUUGCGAAACACUCUGCAUAGUCCGAAGAAGUGGAAAAAAUGUGCUCCUAUUUAAAUUAACCGGCUGGAUAUCAUUGGAGAAUUAUUACGGUUAUUGAAGCAGCAACUGGGACACCGCGGAAGAACUACUUUAUUUCGAAUUGAAGUUCUUGAAAUAACGCGAGGAAAACCUUCGUGUUUGUCAUAGGACUGGGUUUGAGAAGGGAAUAUUCGUCCGCAGAAAAUGAAUUCCGAGGAGAGCUGCUGAAUCAGAGGUGGACGAGAGGGGAGAGGAUCAGCAGUUGUGAAACGACAAAGAGCCUGCAGAGCAGACGAAUCAAAAUGAGCCUGGACAGUGAUGAGAAGAGAACACGCACAAGAUCCAAGGGAACAAAAGUACCUUCAGAGCUUGUAGGACAAGAUUUAAGCUGCCCAACCCCAGGAUGCAAUGGCUCAGGUCAUAACAGUGGAAAAUAUGCAAGACACAGAAGCGCACUGAGCUGUCCCUUGGCCCGGAAGAGGAAGCUCCAGGAGGCGGGGACGGACCAGGACCAGCCCACUUCUAAGAGGAAGUCUCACCCCCUGAAGCUAGCGCUGGAUGAGGGAUACAACGUGGACAGUGACGGCAGCAGCGAGGACACGGAGGCCAAGGAGGACUCCGCCGAGGAGUCAGAGGAGGCCCAAGAAGAGCAGCAGGAGGAGGUGACAGAGGAGAAAGAGAAGACCAGAGAGACACAGAGUACAGAUGAACAUGCAGAUGAAGAAUGUUUGGUAGUGGAAUCGGAAAGCACUGUAAAAUCAAAAGAAGGCGAGCAGUCGCCCAAAGCCACACCCACUCCCGUUGCUCAGAAGGAGGACUACACCAGCUACCAUGAGAUGGUGGCCAGCUCCCUGCUCAACCUGGGCCAGAUCAACCAGAGCCACAGCCCAGCCGAAGACGCACCUAUCCAGGCUGCCAUGGACACAGAGGCGGACAGUCAGGAGGAAGCAGAGCACGAUGCCAUGGAGGACCAGGCCGACGUGGAGGAUGAGGAUGAUGAAGACGAGAGAGAAAGCACAGGUGAAGCACAGGAGGAAAGAAGAGUAACUGUGGAGCGGCUAGCAGAGGGACAAACCUUGGAAGAGGAAGAGGAUGAUGAGGAAGAGGAAGAUGAUGAUGAAGAAGAAGAGGAUAGGAAGCAAUGCACAAGCCAGAAAGACAACUCAGACCACCAAUAUUUUAGUGGAGAGUUCCAGAAGCUCCGAGCCAAGGAAGUGGUGGAGGAAGAGGCCAUCCCGGAGAGACAGUGUGAGGAGACCUUGGAGGAGGAGGAGGAAGAUGAAGAAGAGGAGGAGGAGGAGGAAGAAGAGGAGGACAUUGAAGAUGAAAAUGAUGAGGAAGAGGGGGCCAGCAUUACACACGCCACCUCCAGUGCCAUCACCACCGGCAGCCCAGCUCAGGGAUUGGACACUGAAUCACAGAGCGAGGGGAACAGGCCCACACCCCCAGAGGACUACACUUCCCAUAAGGCCGGGGCCUCCGUCAUCAUUGAGGUGCGGUCAGAGGAGUCAGAGAAGGACGAGGACGACGACGAGGAUGGGGAUGACGAGGAGGAAGACGAGGACGAUGACAGCCUCUCUCAGAAGUCAGUGGUGACUGACGAGUCGGAGAUGUAUGACAUGACACGGGGAAACCUGGGGCUGCUGGAGCAGGCGAUCGCUCUCAAAGCCGAGCAGGUGAAGGGCCCGCGUGAGCUCGGCCGCGCCCCAGACCACCUCAGGUACUUCACAAUGGAGGACCGUGCCAGUAAGCCCAUGGACGCCAUUCGCAAGGGCUAUUUCAAAGAAAGCUCUAGGCCAGAGAAAAGGGAAAUCAAAUGCCCCACCCCUGGGUGCGAUGGGACAGGCCAUGUGACAGGGUUGUACCCCCACCACCGCAGUCUGUCUGGCUGCCCGCACAAGGACAGGAUCCCUCCAGAGAUCCUGGCCAUGCACGAAAACGUGCUGAAGUGCCCAACGCCUGGCUGCACAGGACAGGGUCAUGUCAACAGCAACCGCAACACCCACAGAAGUUUAUCAGGGUGCCCCAUCGCAGCAGCGGAGAAGCUGUCUAAAACUCACGAGAAGCAACAGCUCCCUCAGCCUAUAAGCGAACACCCCAAAGGGAGCCCCAACUCUGACAGAGUACUCAGCUCUGUCUCCUCUCUCCCGCCCGCCCGCAGGCCCAUGUGUUUUGUGAAGCAGCUGGAGAUCCCUCAGUACGGUAGCUACAGACCCAACGUGCUCCCCACCACACCCCGCGCCAACCUGGCCAAGGAGCUGGAAAAGUACUCCAAAGUCUCCUUUGAUUAUGCAAGCUUCGACGUUCAGGUCUUUGGAAAACGCAUGCUUGCGCCAAAGAUACACACCAGUGAAACCUCACCAAAAGCCUUUAAACCCAAACCAUUCCCCAAGGCCUCGUCCCCCAGUCGCAGCCUGCCGGGGGGCUAUGCGAAGAACGCCUCGUCCUCCUCCUCCUCCUCCAGCGGGUAUGACUACUCCCAUGAUGCUGAGGCCGCCCACAUGGCCGCCACCGCCAUUCUCAACCUUUCCACCCGCUGCUGGGAGAGGCCGGAGAACCUGAGCACCAAACAACAGGACCUGGCCAGUAAGAGCAUGGACAUUGAAGUGGAUGAGAACGGCACGCUGGACCUCAGCAUGAAGAAACCCGUCAAGCGGGAAGGCAGUCUGUCCUGUGUCAGUCCUGGGGUGCGCUCGCCGGACCCUUCCUCCUCCUCUUCCUCCCAGCACCCAGGCAGCAGUGACAUGACCUCUCCCCAUCCCAGCCACGCCUACAAACAGGAGGAGUGGGAGGGGCCUCUGGACUACACCAAACCCAAUCGCCAGCGGGAGGAAGACUUGGAGGAGAUGGAACAGACUGCACAGUCAUUUGCCUCAUCUGAUGCUGAGGACUGCGAGAUGAUGCAAGACUGCCUGGAAGACAGGAAGUACCCUGGAGAGGUCACGACCCCCAGCUUCAAAGUAAAAUUCCAGACCAAGGACUGCAAAAAAGAGCUGCUGUUGUGCCCUACUCCUGGCUGUGACGGAAGUGGCCACAUCACUGGAAACUAUGCAUCCCAUCGCAGCUUGUCUGGUUGUCCUCUAGCUGAUAAAAGCCUGCGGUCCCUCAUGGCAGCCCACUCUGCUGAGCUCAAGUGCCCCACUCCAGGAUGUGAUGGGUCUGGUCAUAUCACUGGAAACUACGCCUCCCACAGAAGUUUGUCUGGGUGCCCGCGUGCCAAGAAAGGUGGAAUAAAAACAACUCCCACCAAGGACGACAAGGAGGACUCCGAGCUCCUAAAAUGCCCGGUUCCGGGGUGCGACAGUCUGGGUCACAUCAGUGGGAAGUACGCCACCCACCGCAGUGCCUACGGGUGCCCACUGGCUGCACGCAGACAGAAGGAGGGGCUUCUCAAUGGCUCUCCCUUCUCCUGGAAGUCCUUCAAGACCGAGGGCCCUACCUGCCCCACCCCUGGCUGUGAUGGCUCAGGCCACGCCAACGGUAGUUUCCUCACACACAGGAGUCUCUCCGGCUGCCCCAGAGCUUCCUUCGCCAAAAAGAAAGCCAAGCUUCCUGGGGAUGAAUAUCUAAGCACCAAAUUCAGGGCCAGUGAUGUUCUAGACAAUGAUGAAGACAUCAAGCAACUGAACAAAGAGAUCAGUGAACUGAAUGAGUCCAACUCUGAGAUGGAGGCUGACAUGGUCAACCUUCAGACACAGAUCUCAUCCAUGGAGAAGAACCUGAAGAACAUUGAGGAAGAGAACAAAAUCAUUGAAGAGCAGAACGAGGCCCUGUUCAUGGAGCUGUCGGGACUGAGCCAGGCUCUGGUCCAUAGCCUGGCCAACAUUCGCCUACCACACAUGCAGGAGCCAAUAACUGAGCAGAAUUUCGACGCCUACGUGAAUAUCCUCACUGACAUGUACUCCAAUAAGGAAUGCUACCAGAACCCAGAGAAUAAAGCCCUGCUAGAAACCAUUAACCAAGCAGUAAAAGGCAUCAAGGUCUGAUAAGAAAAUCUGAAGAAUUUAAGGAAACAUGCAUAUUGAUAUAUAUAUAAAUAAUCAAACAAUACAAAAAAAGGGCAUUCAGGUUUUACAGCUGCAAAGUACGUCUUUCCAGGGAGCAUUCCAUAACAAAAAUAAAUAAGUAAAUAAAUAAAUAAAUAAAUAAAUAGAAAUACCAGGACCAAAUCCAACCAUGCUGCUGCCACUGGGAUUGUAAGGACAAGUGGAUCGGAACCAAAUUCUUUCCUUUUCUACUUUUUUUUUUCUGUUGUUGACGUUUGGCUGUCCCAGAUUGUCAUACUCAGCAGUCUUCAGUCUGCUGUUGAAAAAAAAAAGAAAAUAAAAAAAUAAUGAUCAGGAUCAAACACGCAGAUGUCAGAUUGGAUGCCAGCACCUGCCUCUGCAGAAAUGAACAAAGGAAAGAAAAUGAAUUGAAUGUCUACUCAUACCCUGUGUGUUUGCUCAGCACGCUGUAUUUGAAGAAACUGCAAUUGGCCCAUCAAAACAAGUUAUUUAUGUGUAUAUAGCGGUUAGCAGAAAUACAGUGGCCCUCUGCCUUUGUGAGAAGAGGCUCCUUCCUUAAUGAACACAAUGGUGUGCAUUAGGGCCUUAAAUUGCACAUUGUGUUGUCUCACUUUUUUGAGAAAGGGGUGGGACUGAGAUGUAGCUGGCAGUGGCCCACCAUAGCGAAAAGAAAGGAAUGAAUUGAACAAACCAGAGCAGAAGACAAACCAGAGUCGGGGCUCUGCGGACUGUGGUUUCUUGAGUCAAGGAGCAGGAACAUGCGCACAUGGUCAAGGAUAGUGUUACCAAUAUAGCAGGCGGUCCUUGGUCACUUAACCUCUAUGGACAAAUCCCCCAAUAACGCUUCAGUCAAAGAAAACAGCAACUGAAAACCAGUUCAAAGUGCAGCAAUCUCAGCCUCUUUCUCCUGAAAAGAAACUACUAUGAUAUAUUCUGUAAAUAAACUCCAAUUCCAUCUAGUAAUAUUGAUAGUAUUUAUGAGCAUAGAAAUUGCACUUCAUUUGAAUGAGUAGUUUGUAGUUCGACUUAUUGUUAUAUAACUUAUUUAAGAUGAAUCUGUGAAGGUUAAAUUUGUAAUUUAUUAAUUCUAUUUUAUGUUGAUUUCGCCUAUUUAUUUAAUCUUAUCUAUUGAUUGAAUUUAUUGUUUUGUAAGACAAAAUGCAACUCAAACUGUUAAUGUUUUUAAAUGACCACGAGGGAAGAGAGAAGUCUCUUUCAUUAGUGUUUAAAAAAGAAAAAUAAUUAGAAUAUCAACCAUGAUUAAUUAUUUUAUAUUUUGUAUUAUUUUGAAGGAUGGGAUUUUUAAAACUUUUUUUAAGUGCAAGUAUUUUAUAACUGACAGGUUUUUGAUAAUUUUUUAAAGGUUUUUAUUUUAUUAAUAUUAUUUUUUUGUUCCCACAAAGUAUCUGUGAACAUCUGCAACUGAUAGUGAAAUAAGAUGAAAAGGAUGUAUUUAUUAUUUAUUUAAUAUUUAAGAAAUCAUGAAUGGUAAUAUUGUAUAUUUAUUUUGUUCUGUCUGUGUGUUUGUGGUGGCUGAGUAUGAACAUACACCUCCGUUGACAUUUAAAUAAAAGAAAAAUCAUGUUCCGAAAAAAAAUAUUGCACAACACCUUGACUAAUAAUGUUUCCAUGAUAUACCAGCAGUUCUUCCUAUCAGAUUGUAAAAAGAAACAUUUGCUGUAGGUCCCAGAGUUUGUGUAGUCACUGGACCUGUUGAUUUUUACAGGGCAAAGUAGACUGCAAAAAACAAAACAAAAAAAAAGUUACCGUCUCUGACCUCUGAGCACUCUGUAGCAGCCAUAGUUGGCUCUCCUGAAACAUUCUUAAUAUCAUGACUGCCUUGUGCUUAUUUCAUUUCCAUUGCAUUAUUUUAUCAGUCUGUCAUGAUGACAUACUGGAACGUAUAACACUGUCUCCAAAACGUGUUUCUGGUCAAAAUGGGUCUGAAAACACAUGCUGAAAGAAAUUUCUCUUUUAGGGAUGGCUGAAUCCUAAGACAACUUAUUACAGAUAAGCAUAUACCCUUGUAGCCUUAUUCUCGUUUUUUAUUUUCAAUGCACAAAGUGCCACUAACUCUUACUUUCUGUAUUCUCAUUCAGCAAUGACGCUACCCUCUGGUCACUCGUACGUGGCUUACAAUAGAGUUGUGAUUGUUAUAAAUGCCUUUAUUUCUUGCCAGGAAGGCCAUAAAUACACUAUAUAUACAUUCUGUAAAAAAAUUAAAAAUAAUAAAUAAAAAAGAAAAAAAAAACUAUAUAUAAAUAUACAUAUAUUUUUCCAGUGUAAUUGUUAACUCUGCUCUUUCACUUGUAGCUUAUCAAAAGCUAAAGUUGAUAUUUGUCUAAAUGACUCUGUGAACUGUAUAAUUUUCAAGAGGUUAAUCCUGAUACAGACCAGGUUGACUGUGGCUUUAGGUGGCUUUUAAAAAAGAAAGAUUCUUGGUAAAUGAGCUUUUUCAAAGCUGAAAGCUGAUCUUUUUGAUCUCCUUCAACAAACUCUGUCAUUACCUAGACAAAUGUGUUAAGUAUAUAUAGUGUAGAUAACUGUUGGUAAUCUUGACUAAAUCAUUGUCUUUGGAGACAAAGAAAUCACAAUUUGGUAAUUUUGAAGUACCCAUUCAGACACUGUACCUUGCACAAGCUGUUAACUGUGGAUGUUCCAUUUGCUUAGUCACAUGUACAGUAGUCAGGUAAUUACAACUUUGGUAAGAGUGUUCAGUCAAUUUAUUCAAGAAAAUUCAUUAAGAUAUGGAUAUGAAAAUGUAAAUGAACUUGUGAAGCUUGUGAAGCUGCAGACAGGUAAUGUCUACACGCUACAGUCUCAGUCAAUGUCUCCAAGCUAAUAAGCAAACUUGUGGAAAUGUUAUGUGGUAGCUAGCUGCAGCAUUCUGCUAAUAUGUUUUGGAAGCUCAUACAAUACAAAGAAAGAUUUUGAAAUGACAAUAGACAAUAACACACAGCAAAAUGUCGUGCCCUCUUGAAAAUGACCAGGUAUGCCAACAAAAGCUUUUAGCCUUGACCCUGAGAAUUUGGCAUUGAUUGUCAGCCAAUAAUCCAUUCAGUACACCAGAAUGUGUACUGGGAGAAAUGUAUGUUUUUGUUUGCUGUUACUAAAUGUAAAUCUCUGUCCUGUGUCAAUUGUUGAAUGUUUUUUGGUUCAAAGACAAGGGACUUGAUCCAAUCUAGGUUUUCACUUUUUCUCUUAAAUAGCAAAUAAUAAUUUUCAUAGAAUAACAAAUAACAAGUGUAUGGAAUGACAUACGUCAGGCUGUAUUAUUUUUGUUCUAAUUUGCACAAUUUUUAUUUUGUUUGAAUUGAUACUUAUAUCAUCAUUCAUUUUAAUAAUAGAACAACCAUUUUUACAGCACAAUAAUCCUUUGUAGCCUAGCUCCAGCUUUGAUUGGAUAAAGUCAUUGUCUUGAAAAAGAGAAUGAAACAUGGGUAAAGAGAUUAUUGUACUGUACCCCUGUACCAGAAGAACGAAGUGGAGUUUGAAGCAUAAACUGGAUUUGAUAUCAAAAAAGAAAUCUGAUUUUAUUUAUGUAUUCAUUUAUUUUCUGUUUUUUUUUUUUUACUUUGGAGCUUGAUUCUGGGAGAAAGUUAAUGCAUCUGACUGGGAAAUAUAUUUUCUCCCGAUAAACAUGAUUCUAUUUUCAUAUUGAUAUAAACUACAAAUCAUAUCAAUUAUAUUCUCUUUGACCAAGUUCUUGAAUAUGCUCGCUCUUAAAUUUUGACAUAUCGAAUUCUAACCUAUGACGUUUGUUUCACUGAUUGAAGUGGCUGAAGGUGAAACAAGAUUUUUUAUUUGUCUUCAGGUGUCCAGAACACAGUGAAACAAAGAUUUGCAUGACAACCAUGAUGGUACUAUAAUGGGGCAUUACAACCAAAAUGAUGGGGUGUCUGUGGAUUUAAUGGUGACAUAGAACAUGUUUGCAUUUGCAUAUGAAUGGUGGAAAGAUUUCAGUAUUCAUUAAUAUUCAUAUUUUAAUUGAUUAUAUUUUGUGACCUUGUUAAAAAUACUAAGGUACUUCUUUAUAACAACUAAGCAAUUAGCACCUAUGUGGUGACUGGCUAGUCAGGAUAAUGUCAUUGCAAAAUAACUUUUCAGUAAAUGCAAUGCGAGUAACCACAACCACCCGGACCAACGCUAAACAUGAUAAAGAUUUAACUUAACUCUGGUAUCCUCUCCUCAUGGUCUUAAAUCCAGUUCUACCAGUUAAAGUGCUAUGAGGGCCAUAAAGUUCUUUGGGCAUAUCCAUGUGUUGGCUUUGUAAUCACACAAACACAUACACCCACUCACACACGUAGUGCUAGCUCAAGACAUCCCUAGCUGUUUCAUGCCACUGAUCACAUGAUGCGUAGAACAAGUACACACACAGUUGUUCUCAGCUGGAAAAUAGGUGAGGAGGUAGUACUUGCCUAUACUUGAAAGAUGUGCACCCUCCUGAAUUUUCAAUUAAAAAGGACAACUUAAAAAAUGCAUAUUUAGACACACAAACAAAUGAGCACACAUGCAUACACACACACACACACACACAAACACACAGUAGAGAAAGGCAUGUUUGGUAGAAUGGAACUUUCUAUUAAGCUAAUAUAACCAAAAUUCCCUUGUAGGUACUGUAGCUUAAAGCUGUGUAGGUCUUAUCAUUUGUGCCUUUCUGGCUCCAUUCAUUGCAGAAAAGGGUAUGUUUACAUUUGUAACUGGUUUCAAAUCUCGCUCAGGAUGUUAUUAAAGAGUGCAUGGCAUAGUCCCCAAGGGGGCUGAAAAAAUGAACAGAAUGGGGGGAAACCAUGUGAAACGUGUCACUGCCAGAGAACGUGGGAAAAAAUACACAUAUAUAUAUAUAGAGUGCAAAAUGGCGACGCUUUCAUUCUGUUUCAGAGAGAGAAAUGAUAAUAAUACAUAAAGCAAAACUGUGAUUUGAUAAGAUGAUUCAGGUACCAAACUGCAUUAAUAUUUCAAUUAUUUUAGAGGAAAGAUAUGAAUAAACACUAACAGAUAGAUAAUGCAUACGUUCAGGGCAUUAUUUUGAAACAAGUGGAAUUCUCUGUACAAAUUUGUAUUAAAUGACAGUGUUGUUGUUGUACUAAAUAAAUAAAAAAUAAAAAUAAAAAACAUUGUGCACACAGUAUGUGAAUUAUCUGGUCAAGGUUUGCCCUGCUAACACAUUUUUACAGAGAGGAACUAUUUUUACUGGUGAUUUUUUAGGUACUGAUAUUGAUAUCCUUUUGAAAUUUCAAGGGUACUUCCAAAAUGGCAAGCACUUCCAAAAUGAUGAACUCUAGGGUUUUUUUCAAAGGCAGUGUUGCUUUCCUACCAUUUUCUAAAGCAGGCCAAGCCUUGACUGCCUGAUUUGUGUUUUUUUUUUUUUUUUUUUUUGAAGUGAACUCUGUAAAUCCUCCUGGAUUGUGAAGCCGUGUCUGUGAACCUGUGGACUUUCGUACCAGUGUCAGUGUUAUGAACAAGAGAAGUGAUGUCUGUUAUUGUCAGAGUAUGAUCCAUUUCAAUGUUAUCUAUGGACACAUUCAUAAAUAAAAAAGAAAGUGUGUGAUUUA